AUGCAUUCAGCCCCUGUAGCAGCUAUCGGCGUGAAACUUUCCACAAUGCUUCCUGAGACCCNCAACAACGGAAUCAGAGGUUUCCAAGGAGGAAAAGAUCUUACUUUAGUUACGAUUGACGGUACAAGCAGAUUAAGAUUUAAUAUUUCCGGAGUAUGGACUGCAUCGCCUGCCGAUGUUUACUCUGGAACAGCGAUAGGUUUACUUUUCAACAUAAAUUCAUCACCUGAGUUCAUUAUGCAGACCGGAUAUCCGUAUUAUCCUCAAGCAGCAAUGUCUUGCCGUUGCGCAAAAAUCAAGUAUGAUGGCAGUGGAAGUGAAAUAGGAAGAUACGAACCUACAGCUAUUGAAGUUCCGAAAAACGCAACUGCGAAGGUGUCAAACGUUGUUACUAAAAAGUAA